AUGGUUUUUGUUCAGUGGCAUAAUGACCCUGAGCUCUGGGGAAGUGGGGCUGGAGAAACCCUGGCCCUCAACCAAGCUCCUCUUUUUUCCAAGGUUCCUCUUACCCAGCACUGGCCUGGACAUAGUAUCAAAUUGGAAUCUGGAAGAUUGGUUGUUACUGGAAAUAUUGCCUGGCCAAAGUCAGUAGGAGAAAAGAACCAACCAUUUGUUAUUGUAAGUGAUAAUAAUGGUGACACAUGGAAAAUGGGAGGUAAAAUUCAGUUGCCAAAAUUAAAUGAUAAAUCAGUUUCAGGAAAUGAAUGUCAGGCUGUUGAGGUGGCACCCAACGAUGUGGUUAUAAAUUGUAGAACACCAGGCACUUACCCACGAAUACAGUGCUACAGUUCUGAUGGUUGUGACACCUUUGGUCCAUCCGAGGUUAUGCAAACCUUGACUGAACCAAAAAAUGGUUGCCAGGGAAGUAUACUUGGUAUCAGUGCACCAUUGAUGAGUGAUGACCAAAAGUCUUGGGCACUUUUUAGUAACCCAAACAGUAAGAGAUUAAGGUUGAAUCUCUCGGUACGUUUAAGUAAAGACAGUUGUAAGACUUGGUCCGAUCCACCAAUAAAGGUCCUAGAAUGUCUCGGUUCAGGUUAUUCUGAUUUAACCGGCUUUACUCAAGACAACCAGCAGAAAUUUGCUUGCCUUUUUGAACGCAUUAAGAUUACCUCUAGGAAUAUUGAUCUUAUCAUAUUUACUAUUGAUAUUUAAAUGGAAAGGUAAUCUUUAUCAAAAGUAAGUGAGGUUUCAUGAGAAAAUUUUAGUUUUAUGCCAGGCAACUUGAUAUAUUCAAGAAGAUAGAUAUGGAUUCAUAUUUUGACAAAAAUAGGUUUUUUUAAAUAUUUAUGAAAAGUUUAUUCUUAGUUGAUUUCAAUAUUAUAUUAAUACUAAUUACCAACAUUUAAUUGUUAGCAUUGCAUGUCAAUGGAAGAUGAAUUUCCUUGUUUUAUUUUACAAGGACAAUAAAAUUAUUUAUCUUAUCUUAUUAUCUUAAUAGUGUUUUUGAGGCUGUUAUUAAAAAUUAAUUGCAAAAGGUUUUUGAUAUUUUUUGACAAAAUUGUUUAAUUGACAAGUACUAAAAUAUGGAUUAUAAUGCAAUGUUCCUCUGUAUUUUUAUACAUUGUUUUAAAUCCUCUUUAUUUAAUGUAAAGUGCAUAGAGGCAGUCCAUGCAAAAUGUGCUAUAUGAAUGGCAAUAUAUUAUGAUUAUUAUAUCAAUGCAAUUAUUUGUUUAUGAAAUUGAAGUACUUUAAAUUUACUUUAAAUUUGCACUCAAACAAUCCAAUGCAAGAAUUUUUUAUUUUGCAAUUACAUUUAAGUGGAUUACCUCAUAUUAAUGAAGAUAAGAUGUAGAUAUAACGUAGUACUUUACUGUCAUAACAUAAAACCUCGAAUUGAAGCCAUGGGCUGCUGCUUUUUUUUUGUGAACUUCGGAUGGGUUCCUUUAACAGAUGGGCUUCUUUUUGAGAUGGGUUUCUUCUCGAGAUUAGCCUAUUAGGCGUCAAUUCAAGGUUAUAUGGUAUUCCCAACACGUGGAUAUGACACUGAUGUAAUUAUAGUAAAAUUUGAAAAAAAAAAAACAAAUAACAUAUGAACUUAAUUUAUUUAAUGUCUAUUUAACUUUAAAAUGAUGUUCAAUUUCUUGUAUUGCUUUGCUUACAGUCCCACGGUUACAGAAGCCUAAUGCAGGCAACGUAUAAAUAGUUUUUGGUACUUAACAAGAUAAUGAAGUCCUACCUAUGGGAUAUUGAACGUAUGAGAUACUUUAACUAUACUUUGUAGUUACAACUUAAUAUCAUAAUUUUCUACCAGGGCAAUGGGUGGGAAAAUACAAUUUGUCGGUGAGAACAAAAAAUUAUAUGAAUUUUCUACAUAUUAGUGGACUCUAAAAUCGAUUAAAUAAAUCUUGGAAACUCCAAAAUUGUUGUUUCCGAGUGGACGCCUGACCACACUCACUUUGCUCUCAUUGGGGACCUUGGACCCCCGCCCGGACAGUUAGGCUUACAUACUCUCCUUCUGGUGCUACCAUUGCAGAGUGCUCUUAAAAUUGAAACAUGAUUAAUCAUAAGUUAUAAGCUCUUUAGAUUUAUCAAUAAGAAAAACAAUAUUUAUUCAAUUUAUAAGGAAAUUUAAAUCUAGUAAAAAAAAUCAUGUUCUUCAAACUAUGGCAUGGUCCAUAUUGGUACAUUAUCAGACUUUCGUGUGUAAAUCUUUUUAAACAAUGCUUCAGGUCUUGGUUUUCACCUUCAUCAAACGUUAUUUAUAUUGUACAAUGUAUACUUGUUUCAGAUAAUCAAACAUAUACUGUACGUCUUUCUUUCUGUUUUCAUGUUGAAUUGCCUUGAUAGUAGAUUCUCCAUCAAACAUUGUCGAGUCAAAAACACCUAUGCAUUUGAAGCCAAAAUAAUUAUAAUCAUGGUGAAAUAAAAUGAUUUUUCCUUGUUAAA